AUGGACGUGUGGUUAUUGGUAUCGAGUUUUUUGUUUUUAAAGUUGUGUUCGGCCAGUUUUCACGAGCAGUAUAGAGUACCUAGCUACGUUGACACUAAAUGGGAGUCCUUCGUUAGUGGCAGCACUGAGUAUCUUAUUCAAAAUUCACUGGUCACUUGGGAAAAUGCUAUGAUACUUUGUAGAGGCUAUCACAAUGCAACGCUGGCAGUUGUCGACACAAGGGAAAAAGCAGAAUUUUUGGCUGAAGCCUUAUCAGAGUCACAGUUUGAUAUAACAGCAGUAUGGGUAGGAGCCAGGCGGGAGUCAGCCGAAGAUCCAGCAGGAUACCGUUGGGCGCCAGGCAUGGAGCUCAGAAGAACUGCUUCAGAUGUUCUGGCUAGUGAGAGAGAUGAGAACCUAAACAGACGCUAUCCUGUGUGGUUGAACAGAACCCACGUACCAGUUCCUGAAGGCGGUGCUGAUUGUGUGGCGUUAGAACGGGUGAACCACGACCGCCCAGUUUUUCUGGACUUGUCCUGCACAUUAAUGAGGCCGUUUGCUUGCCAAAAAGAAGCUCAGCCAGCAGCUCAAGUGUCUCAAGUCCAUAUUGUUAGAUGUAGAGCUGGUUUAUACCACUUGUUUAAUGGUAAACUGACCUGGCAUGAAGCGGCAGCAUUCUGCGUUCUCAGAGGAAUGACGUUGGCAAAUAUCGCAAGUAUGAAGUGUUUGAAGAAAUUGGGCAUGACCAUGUUGAAGAAUCGACCUAGUAUGGAGAACGCAUGGGUAGGAGCAAAAGGAUCCUUGGGCAAGUGGACCUGGAUCGACACCGGAGUUAACCUGUUCCAAACCCCAGAUUUGGGAGACGUUUCACCCAGUAUCUGGCCACCCAUGAGGGACAGAAACAAUGUAAAACAAAGUGGAUGUCUGCAGCUAGAUAGGCAUGCUGCGCAUUCACCAGUGUUCAUGGAAGCCAGGUGCGAUAGGAAGAUGCAGUUCAUAUGUUAUGAAGGAGCAUUAUCUACAAAAACGCAGGCAGCGACACCUAGUGAUGAUUUCUUCUACUACAUUUUGGUCAAAAAGCGAUUCUACUGGCAGCAUGCGUACGAAAAUUGUCUUAAAAUGAACGGUACCCUUGCCAAUUUGGACAAUAACGAUAUUCUAGUCCAAUUACUGCUGCUUAUGGGAGAAAAUAAAGAAGAACCUAUUGAACACAUCUGGAUUUCUGGCCGGUUAAACAUGACAAAAGACGUCUUCACAGACGCCAUCAGCUACGCUUGGUACAACCCAAACAAUGCUAAGAGAAUUCCUGAUCCUAAAGCUUUUGGAGACUCCACCAUUGGAUUAUACAUGCCGCCUUGGUUAGACGAAGAAUUCAACAUGGAUAACUCUUGUUUGAACUUGGACAGACAAGAUCACUUAAUUGGACUCGUCUACGGGCUGCCGUGCGAGACGGCUCAGUAUUCCGUGUGCAUGAUAGACAAGUCUUUGAAGCCUCCGAGUGUGAGCCUUAUGACGGGCAAGACCGUUGUCGAGACCACUUCUGACACCGGUUAUGAUUCGUCAUAG